CUGUGGUGGCGGCGUCCAAGAUGUCGACGAAGAAUUUCCGAGUCAGUGACGGUGACUGGAUUUGCCCUGACAAAAAAUGUGGAAAUGUAAACUUUGCCAGAAGAACUAGCUGUAAUAGAUGUGGUCGAGAGAAAACAACUGAGGCUAAGAUGAUGAAAGCUGGAGGCACUGAAAUAGGAAAGACACUCGCAGAAAAGAGCCGAGGCUUGUUUAGUGCUAAUGACUGGCAGUGUAAAACUUGCAGUAAUGUGAAUUGGGCCAGAAGAUCAGAGUGUAACAUGUGUAAUACUCCAAAGUAUGCUAAGCUGGAAGAAAGAACAGGAUAUGGUGGUGGUUUUAAUGAAAGAGAAAAUGUUGAAUAUAUAGAAAGAGAAGAAUCUGAUGGUGAAUAUGAUGAGUUUGGAUGUAAAAAGAAAAAAUACAGAGGGAAGGCAGUUGGUCCUGCAUCUAUUUUAAAGGAAGUUGAAGAUAAAGAAUCUGAGGGAGAAGAAGAGGAUGAGGAUGAAGAUCUUUCUAAAUAUAAAUUAGAUGAGGAUGAGGAUGAAGAUGAUGCUGAUCUCUCAAAAUAUAAUCUUGAUGCCAGUGAAGAAGAAGAUAGUAAUAAAAAGAAAUCUAAUAGACGAAGUCGCUCAAAGUCUCGGUCUUCACAUUCACGAUCUUCAUCACGCUCAUCCUCCCCCUCCAGUUCAAGGUCUAGGUCCAGGUCCCGUUCAAGAAGUUCUUCCAGUUCGCAGUCAAGAUCUCGUUCCAGUUCCAGAGAACGUUCGAGAUCUCGUGGGUCGAAAUCAAGAUCCAGCUCCAGGUCCCACAGGGGCUCUUCUUCCCCAUGAAAAAGAUCUUACUCAAGUUCAUAAUCUUCUCCUGAGAGGAACAGAAAGAGAAGUCGUUCUAGAUCUUCUUCAUCUGGUGAUUGCAAAAAAAGACGAACAAGAUCACGGUCACCUGAAAGGCACCACAGGUCACCUUCUGGAUCAUCCCAUUCUGGUUCCCGUUCAAGUUCAAAAAAGAAAUAA